GUUCCUCAGACUAAAGAUGGCGGCUUCGGCAGCGAGGGGCGCUAUGGCGCUGCGUACAAAUAUCGCCCGGCCGGUUGCGUUUGUCAGAAAAAUUCCCUGGACGGCGGCCUCAAGUGAGCUGAGAGAACACUUUGCACAAUUUGGCCAUGUACGAAAAUGUACUGUUCCUUUUGACAAAGAGACUGGCUUUCACAAAGGUAUGGGUUGGAUUCACUUUUCUUCAGAAGAAGAACUUCACAAUGCACUACAACAGGAGAAUCAUAUUAUUGAUGGAGUAAAGCUCCAUGUUCAACCUCAAAAACCCAAAGCUUUGCAAGGAGACCAAACAUCUGAUGAAGAGAAAGAUUUUUGAGACCCUCACUGCCUACUGAAUAAAGUAAAUAAAAGAGAGGAA